AUAUGUGACUGGAUAGCCAGCAAUAGAUGUACACCUAUAAUCCCACUGAAUUAUAGAAAAAUCAGAAGCCAGCAGCACUUCUAAUCUAAAGGAAGAGUGCACCAAACAGAAAACAGACAAGUGUAGGAAUACCAUUGGUGGCUAUAGGAAGGGUUUAUAUAGGCUAUAUGAAGGCUAUAGGUUUCAUUGAACGCACUGGGUAACAUUUUAAAUUCUUACAAUGAUCAAAAUGGGACAUCAAAUUCCACUGAAUAAACUAAAAUUACAAAUGACCACCAGAUGGAGCUUCUGGCAAGAUUACCAACUUUCUCUUUUUUCCAUCCUUCACUAAACUUCACAACUUACUCCUAAAAUCAGUGGAAAAUGAUAGGUGAAUAACACUGAUGUAGAAGCACCUAACCCUGUCAACCUAAACUUGACAUAAACAUAAUGUUGAUCCAAGAAUAUGUUGUACUUGGUGAAAUAACGUUCACCAUAUGGGAACAUACAGUACACUGAUACAUGGAUGAUUUUAACUACAAAUGUUUAUAACAAAAAAAGUGUUUCUGAGAGUUCUACAAAGGGUUAGUAGUGUGUUUACUAGAUUAAAGAUCUAAAGACUAAACAAAACGACACACACAGAGGACUGCAAAGCCUCAAAUGUGUGUCUGCUGGCCACAUCCAUCAGGAUUGUUUGGACAAAACCAAAAGAAAGAGGGAGGGAGAAAGAUUCAGGAGAGGAGGGUCUUGGAAAAGAAUGGAUUCUCUAGAGACCACCAGGAGGAGGAGAGAGGGAAAGAGUCAGAGGGGAGGGCUGAUAACUACAUCUGGAAGUUAUUUGGAACAAGAGAGGGAGGUAAAUAGCUGACAGAAAAGAUAGAAAGACAAAGACAACCGGGAAUUAGCAAUUAAGGCUGCGGGAACAAACUAACAAGCAAAUAAAUAUUUUGACGUUGUUUGCGUAACCUUAAAAAAAGAAACAGUUUUUUUUUGUAAUACCAUAAGUAAUCCUAUAGAGAGAAAUUAUAAGAGUCUGAAGGAAUUAAACAAAAAAGAAAGAAAGAAAAGCUUGUGAAGAAUUUUGUGUGCCUGGAAACUACAAGACCAACAUUUCAAGUUCAUCACUACACAGAAGCCUUUAAGGUUUUUUGCACUUAUGAAGAGUUAUUAACACCCUGGAGAACCGAAGGAAUCACGUCUGCGAUGUGGAAAAUAUCAGUCAAUGAAUAAAUAAAGCAAGAUCUCAUGAACUUCAUCAGUACGAAACAACAAAAAGACAAUACAGGAAGCUUUGGAUUCAGGACACAGUGAAAACUCAACUCUUUUUUUGGAAACCUUUCUAUUGCCUGUCAGUCACUGCAGCUAAAUAAAGAAUGUCUGGGUCACGAGGUUGCCUCUGCUGUGUGAAGUACCUCAUGUUUAUCUUCAACCUCAUCUUUUGGUUAGGAGGAUGUGGUUUAUUUGGUGUUGGGGUGUGGCUCGCCUUCACACAGUCAGAGUUUUCAUCUCUACCGCUGUCCUUCCCUUCACUCUCCGCGGCCAACCUGCUGCUUGUUGCUGGGGGUGUCACCAUGGUAACAGGGUUUCUCGGAUGCCUUGGUGCUCUAAAAGAGCAGAAGUGUCUAUUGAUGACGUUUUUUGUGAUCCUCUUGUUUCUAGUCAUGAUAGAAGUGACGCUGAUUUUGGUUUUGAGUUUGUAUCAUGAAGAGUUAGACAAAAAAGCUAAGGAUGACCUAAGAGAGGGGAUGAAUGACUAUAGAAGAAAAGCAGGGCUGAAAACUUCCUGGGACAACAUGCAGAAGAUUUUCAAGUGCUGUGGCGUGAGCAACCACACCGACUGGCACAAUAAAACAGACAAUGGCAAAAAACUUCCUGACUCUUGCUGCAGGGAUACCUCUCAAGAAUGCCAUCACUGGGAAGAGCCGUGCUAUGAGAAGGCCAAGGACUGGCUUCUGGCUAACAUCACCUCAGUGCUUGUGUUUGGAGUUUGUAUUGGAAUCGUUCAGAUUCUUGCUUUGGUGUUCUCCAUGCUGAUGUACUGCCAAAUCCUACGAGCAGAAAAAUACAUGGACUGACCCUUCCUUCGCCCCAUUCUGAAUACGUAAUGAACAUUUAAAUGGACUUGCCUAUUAGCGAUACUGGAUGUGAUAUGCAUGUGCACAUAGAUUACAGUGCUGCUGCACUUAGGAAGAAGCUCUGUUGAAUCUCAGCUAAAUUGAUUUACCAGAUAAAAGGCUAAAUAAUUAAUUUGUACUUUGCAAAAGAAGAUUAAAUGAAUAUAAAGUGAAUGUAUACAGUAGGUGGAAAAAGUAAAUCCAAGUAUUAUUGCACUCUUUGUUAAAUAACUGCUUGCAAUGAACAUGCAAUCGAUGUGAAUUUCCUACAAAUGGAAAUCAAAUGUUUAAGAGUUGAUGAUUUGUUAUACUAAACCAACGGUCUGUACUAUAUUAACGUCUAUUAAGAUCAUUACAAAUAAAAAAAUAAUGCAAUACAACAGUA